AAUUUAUUUUUCAAUUUGUCGAGAAUGGCAAACAACCGUUCAACCUAUGGAAACGUCAACAAUAAAAGUGAUCUAAAUGUAGACGAUAUAAUUGUAAAAAUCCUGAACAUUGGAUCAGGCGGGAACAAUUUCGAAGCAAUUAUGAGCCAGAAGACACUUGUUUCCUUGUUGGAUGCAGCCAAGGAUGUAUUCAUGAAACAAGGUGCAAUGCUCGAACUUGAAGCUCCUGUGAAGAUCUGUGGUGACGUACAUGGUCAAUAUUCGGAUGUUCUUCGCCUUUUCGAUCGUGGAGGAUUCCCACCAUUGGUCAACUACUUGUUUCUGGGGGAUUACGUCGAUCGCGGACAACAAAGUCUAGAAGUUGCCUGUCUGUUCCUGGCCUACAAAGUCAAAUUUCCCGGGAACUUCUUCAUGUUACGCGGGAAUCACGAGUGCGGAUCCAUUAACCGUGUCUAUGGAUUUUUGGAUGAAGUUCAACGGAAAUAUGGAGCAAAGGGUGGAACAACAAUGUGGAAUUGCUUUCAAAUUUGUUUUGCGUAUAUGCCGUACACUGCUCUGGUCUCCGGAAGAAUUCUUUGUAUGCACGGUGGAAUCAGUAAACGGAUGAACAAUUUGAAUCAACUUCGCAAUCUUCAAAGACCGGUUUUAGAAGUCGCUAAUCCGAGCGUCGAAAUAGAUAUCCUCUGGUCAGAUCCUGACUCAACAGUUGAUGAUUUUGUGGACAGUACCCGUGGAGUUGGUCAAGUUUUUGGAGCAAAAGCAUUGACAGCUAUAAUGAAUAAACUGGACGUUGAUUUGGUUGCACGUGCACAUCAAGUAGUUCAAGAUGGAUAUGAAUUCUUCAACAACAAACGUCUUGUCACAAUUUUCUCAGCUCCUCAUUACUGUGGAGAAUUUGACAAUGCGGCUGCGAUGAUGAAUGUUGACAAGAACUUGACUUGCUCCUUCCAGAUCAUGAGACCCUCCAUCGAUGCAAAAAAGUGAACUACAAGUGAAGAAAGCAAAAGAAUUCUCAAUUUAUGCAUGUAUUUUAUUUCUGUGAAAAUAUUUUGAAUAAAUUUGAAAUUCU